UAUUGUUAACGUGUGUCACGCGUCACGUCAACUUUGUGCACCCCAUAUUCACUGCACUCGUGACGAUGCGAUGGUGAAGAGUCAUUUUUGUAAAGUUGUUUGGAAGAUCCGAGUGAUGCCCUGAUUGCUUUAGUAUUUUGUUCGUUCAACUUUGCUUCUGAAUUUCCCGUAGAUGGAUAUCGUUCGCUCGCGAUCGCCGGGCAUAACCGGCCAUCAGCACAGACGUUAUGCUGUCGAGGAGGCUGACACAUUCAACACGUCAGUGGAGGAGAUAUUUUGGCCAGCCAUGCCAGCUGGGUCGAUAAACACACCGCUUGUUGCAAACGCUUAUGGUGAGAAUGUCCCUGCACCAGAUGAACAUGACUUGGGUCGACGUUCCUCCUUCGGCAUGUCAGUGUUCAAUUUGAUGAACGCCAUCUUGGGCAGCGGCAUUCUGGGACUGUCUUUUGCUAUGGCAAAGAGUGGAAUUGUUCUAUUCACUUUCUUAUUAGUUACAGUGGCUGUCUUGGCAGAUUUCUCGAUUCAUCUCCUACUCAAGAUGUGUGUGUUGACUGGAGUCAAGUCCUAUGAAGAAGUCGGCUUGUUUGCGUUCAAAAUUCCAGGCAAGAUAAUGGCUGCUAGUGCAAUACUACUUCAAAAUAUAGGAGCAAUGUCAAGUUACUUAUUCAUAGUCAAGGAUGAACUACCCAAAAUCCUGAGCACAUUCCUAAGCGAUAUAGAAGACAAAAGUAUAUGGUAUUUGAAUGGCACCUACCUUGUACUGAUGGUAGUGGUGAUCAUCAUCGUUCCGUUGGCCUGCCUGCCCAAGAUUGGUUUCCUAGGCUACACCAGUGGACUCUCCAUACUGUGUAUGGUAUUCUUCACUGUAGUGAUUGUCAUCAAGCAGUUCUCCUUCCCCUGUCCAAUACCCGACAUGAUCUGGACCAAUAUGACAAGUUCUGACAGAAUCAACACCACAACAGCUCAGUACUCCUCAUCUGAUGAUACAGAAUCUCCCAUUGGAUAUAAAAGUCAACUAGAUGAGGAUUCAGCCAAUCACAGCACCUCUUCAGAGUGUCAGCCAAAGUAUUUUUCCCUGACAACAGAAACAGCAUACGCCCUUCCUACCAUGGCUUUUUCAUUUGUCUGUCACACGGCUGUGCUUCCAGUAUACUGUGAACUUUCCAAGCCAAGCAAGAGUCGUAUGCAGAACGUGGCCAAUACGUCAAUAUUCAUCUCAUUCACACUGUACAUGGUCUCAGCACUCUUCGGCUAUCUCACAUUUUACGGUAAUGUGAGCGAUGAGUUACUAGACGGAUAUGAGUUGUUCAACCCUUCAGACCGUAUCAUCCUCAUAGUACGUGUGGCUGUGUGUCUAGCUAUUAUCUUCACUAUUCCACUCAUUCACUACCCGGCCCGCAAAUCUCUGCUGAUGAUCUUCAGUACCUGGGUGCCGCUCAGGGAUGCAUCGUAUCCAUGGUUACGCCAUUUUGUGUCUACUGCAGUGCUCAUCACCUUGGUGACGUGCAUAGCCGUCUUUGUGCCCAACAUCAAACAGAUUUUUGGUAUUGUAGGUGCUACUGCUUCCACUAGUCUUGUAUUCAUUCUCCCGUCUCUCUUUUACUUACGUCUUGGCACCGAACGACUUAAGUCUCCACAGAAAAUAGCAUGCAUGGGCCUACUGUUUAUCGGAGUGACUACCCUGAUAAUUAGCCUGACUACCAUUAUCUACCGUAUCGUCACAAAGCAAUAACCCUGAAUCCUAGAUUAAAGUUUUUAAAAUCCAUCAAAUUCAAUCACCUUGGAUUGUAAGAUUUUGAUAGACCCAGGACAUGAACCCUAAUUCCCUUGGCAUUUGUGUUAAGAACCGUCCUGAAUCUUCCACUGUGCAGAAACCAAUGGUGCAAUUCAUAAUACUGAACUUUCAAGAAGAAGGUUCUACCCUCUUUGAUCCUACAAAAUCCUCUUAAACCACCUGGAGGAUUUUGAAGGAUUUUGGACGGUUAGGGUUGAAGCCCAGCCACUUUGACUUUACCUGGUGCAUGGUGUUCCAAAUGUGGUUCAUUUCAUUUCAUCAUCAUCAGGGCCCAAUUGCAUGGCUCUUCUUACUGUCAGUGAAAAAGCCCUGCUCUUACUUGUAACAGAAAAUUCUGUGCUUACGGUAAGCAUAUUUCACAGGGUAGCAAGGAAUUUUGGCUUAUGCAUAUGCGUACAUCCCGUAACUAAAAGAUUCUGUGCUUGCGUGGUUAGCAAAGAAUUUUUUUCUGCUGGCGCUGUUAGCACAGAAUGUGGAUCAUAAGCGUGGAAUGCUGUGGUUAGCAGAGCCAUGAAAUAGGGCCCAGGUGGUCACAAGGCAGUUGGUCACAUACCACCCAUUUUGAGACAAGCUCUUCAGACAAGCCCGUCGGGCAGGCUAAAUCAGUUAUGAGUGACUCAGGUUGACCAAAAUAUAUUUUGGCAAACUGUAUAAAUCAUCGCGCCAGUGUAACAAGAACGUAAGUCGAUUCUGCAACGAAAUCGUGUCUCAGGCGAAUACGCUCCGUGCAACAAGGUCGUAUCUCAUGUAUCGCAUUGACUUUGUGUGUACAUACGGGUUGUUUUAAGCGAGAUACGACCUUUUGACAUUGAAAACUCGCGUUUCAUGUACAUGAUGUCACACGGCUUAGGAGAUACGACUGAAGAGAUACGACCUUGUUGCACGGACACGACGAAAUGUUCUGUUGAUUAUACAUUCCCAUUUCAUUCAUCAAACUUUUCAUGUACAGUGGAACGUCGCUAUACCGAACACCGCUAUACCGAACAUUCGGCUAUACCGAACAUCGUCCUUGGCUCCCAUUUUUGUGUUGAAAAACCGACAUUGUUGUUGAAAAAUGUCAACAGAAGACCGACAAGUGGCUAUUAUUUCCCCAAGGAAUAGAAGGGAAAUGCCACCCAUCGAUGUAGGUAGUAAGCUCAAAACUGUGUAAUUAUACAAUUCAAUAGCCGGCACGUGUUCGCAGUCGUCUUUCGGUAACUACCAGGGCAUACAGGGUGAAGUUAUGAAGGGCGCCAUUUAUUGAAAAGUGAGUACCGGAGCACCGGCAGCUUGAAAUCGCUUUACCGAACGAUCGCUAUUAUGAACAUUUUCUGUGGCUCCCGCAAUGUUCGUUGUAGUGGCAUUCCACUGUACUUACUUUGAAUCUGUGGACUAAUUUGGUUGGGCGAGACCCUUGAUCUUAGUUGUGCGUACUUAUGCACGAGAACCAGCAUGUGCACAUGAUGUGUCCCAUGCACUGGAGCUUUGGUAGGUGGUCACAAAGUGCCAUUGACUGGUUGUGCGCCAAGUCAAUAGUCGUAAGCCGAAGUAAUGAAUGGUGCUUGUUGAACAUCUUCAGCAUAUUUUUUUUACAGUGGCGUAUACUACUAGUACUAUAAGCAUUAACAGUAAUCAUAUUCGAGUGGAUAUGGGAAUUUCUGAAAUUUGUGCAUUUAAAUUACUCUCAGUAAAAUUAAUGUGUUUUUUUGUUUUUUAAUUUAUUUUUUUAUAAUGCAAUUAUGACUCUUGUGUAUAAUUACGUUGUUUGGGAAAGGAGUUUUAAAACGUGCUUUCCUGUGAAGUAAGAGCGGCAUUUCUAAUGCCAAAAAAGUUAAUUUUGUUUUUACCACAUUUUGAUCGUAAAUUGUCAUCAUUUACUGCAUUUCAUUGCAUAGUUUGCUUAUAUUUAUGUAGAUCAAUUUUAAUGUCAUUGUUCAAAACAAUCAUUGCGUAAUUAUUCCAAAUUGACAGUUUCAUUGGUAAGGUGUAAUAGUUUCGGAGUGGCAUUUUCAUAAGUGAGUUUUGUCUAGUUUUAGCUCAUAUUCCUUUUCACCUCAUUUCUAUUGGUUGUGGAAAUAUUCCAAAUUGAUACUCUGGCAGUUUUGCCUUAUAAUCAUGAGCUCACAGACUAGGGUGUGUUUUUUUCUGCAAACAUGGAUAUAUAUUUUUUACAUUGGUUAACCACUUGAUUGUUUUGAAUCAAAGACACCAUUUUUUAAAAAGACAAAAUAUAUCAGCCAAAUUCUAAAAUUAAGUCAAACAGCACAAAUACUGACUCUUUAAGAGUCAUUUGUACAAUAUUUGUACAAUACUUCUCACUGAAACUUCAUAUUUUGCAACACUCUCGAGGCCUCGCCACAAGUUCCCUGAAUAAUGCCAUCACUUAUUAUUGGAAAUCUUGACUCAGUGCUUCAGGCCUUUUGGCCUUUUUA